CCUGGCCAAAUGACAAACCUGAACGUCGAGAGUGGCUACUUCAAUGACGAGCUGAAGGAGGAAGCCAACGAGGCGAAUUUUAUGUACACCAACAUCAGUAUGCUCAUAAGAGCACACAGGAAAGACAGAAAUAAACUGACCCUCCAAAAUAAAAAAUUAAACCUCAUUAAAAUAGUCGGCUUCGUAUUAGCCAUCGAAGAGAAAAAGGAAUUCAUAGUCUACACAAUUGACGAUACAACAGGGUACAUCAAGGCAAAGUUGCUUUUAACAUAUUCGUACUCUGCAUGCAAUGAUAAAAAUGAUGACAUAAAAAUAGAUGACAUGGUGCAGAUCUUUGGUAUCUGUAACACAGUGAGCAUUAAUGAAGACCUAACCAUUUCGAUAAGUUCAAUUAACAAGCUGAACUCACUCAACCAUUUGUGUCACCACCAUUUGUUGGUCUUUCAUAACUACUUAAAAUUUCUGGAGACUCAGAAAAAAAAUCUGGUGCUGGAGGACGAGCGGGCAAAAAACGAGGAGGAUGAAAUUGCCUCCAACGUGCCGACCAACGACAAUCCGUUUUUUAACUCGUUCUUUUACUAA